UUAGCUGACAUGACGUUUACAGGACUAUUUUUUCACUGAGAUCCUGAAUAUCUGGUAAUAGAUUGAGCUUUGAGGAGCCCGAGACCACGUACUUCGCGUUGCUCACGGGCUGACUUGUUUUCCUUUUCUCGCGGGGAAUGAUGUCAUUUGGCAGAGUAACUCUUCGCAUCACCACCAUCCAGGGACCCUGCAACUGAAAGCGGUGCUGUGCGCAGGGAGUGGUGAAAGAGGUCAAGCCUUGGCUUUGGCAGAAGGUGAAAUAUGGACCAAAGUGCCACCGCCAACACUGCCAACAGCCGAGCCGAAAAUGAAUGCAAAAGUAACUCUGCGGAGGACGAACUUAAUCUGUUCAGGACCUGCGUGGUUUGUAAAAAGGAUCUUACAAAUCGCGAGCCAAGAUUGCUGCCUUGUCUUCAUUCGUUCUGCAAAGAUUGUGUGCCGGCUGGGAUCCGCAGCCUCACUCCUACAACUGCAGCUUUCCCGGAGGACUGUAAUGGGGAAGACAUUAUCAUCUGUUGCCCUGCUUGCAAGCAAACGUGUUUCACGGGCGAUGUAGUGGAGAACGUCUUCAUCAGAGAGUAUCCACCUGUGUCCCAAACCAUGGAUAAGCGCUGCUCAGAAUGUGAAAAGAAGCCAGCCUUCAAGAUCUGUUCAGACUGCAGUAAGUGGCUGUGCAGUGCAUGUUCAGAAGAGCAUUUGCAUGGGAAGGAUACAAAGCAUCAUAAGCUGUUAACCCCAGAACAUGCUGCAGGUAGUGAGAGUGAAGUCAGUGAGUUCACGCUGCUCUGUCCUCUUCACACCAAAGAGCCACUGAAGCUAUUCUGUGAGACCUGUGAUGUGCUGGCUUGCUGGAAUUGCCAACUAACACAACACAAAGAACAUAGUUUCAAAUACCUGGAAGAUAUUUUACAGAAUCAGAAGGUAACUUUGGAGGAGCUGACUCUGAAAAUGGAAGAGAAAAAGGUCAGCAUGCAGAGUUCAGCAAAACAAGUACAGGACAGACUAAAUGAAGUAAUGCAAGUGCGGAAGAAGGUGGAAAAUCAGAUUAAGAUGGCAAAGAUGAUCAUGAUAAAUGAAUUAAAUAAACGAGUAAAUGUUCUGAUGGACCAGGUAGAGAGAAUUACAAAUGAGCGGAGGCUUAAACUGGAGCACCAUCUUCAAGCAGUAAUGGGAUUAUGCAGACAAUUGGAGCAUGUGUUAAACUUCAUUAAUUGGGCAGUCUCCAAGAAGAAAAAUAUCCCAUUCUUGUUCAGCAAGGAAUUGAUCAUGUUUCAGAUGCGACGUUUACUGGAAACACAGUGCAAUGCAGAUUUGGGGACCUCCAGAAUUCAUUUUCACUGGGAUUCUGUCUCGUGGACUAAAAAACUCGCUUCUUUAGGCUAUUUGUCAUUUGACUGUGAAAACUCAACCCACCAGGAAUGCCUGGCCGCCUUCCCUCAGCAACAAUCACCAUUACCUUCGGACACGGCUGAUCAGAGGCCCUGUUUAGCACCAUCGUUUCUGUGCCAAAAUCCUGGCCAACAAUAUUCAGUCUGUGGCAGUCGUCGCCCAGACCCACAUCCAAUUCCUAAGGACCACGAGACUGUAAACUGUUUGCAGAAUCAUGACUCUUUAGGCCAAAUGCCGGGGAGCUUGCAUCAUCAGCUACAGGUGCAAUAUAGUGGAAUUCAGCAGAGACAAGCACAGCAGAAGUAUUUUACACGUCCCUUCGCAGUACAGCCGAUGCCAACUUUGCAGCCGUGGCACAUAGCUCAAACGGGGUCUGAACAAAACACGGUUUUAAUUGGACACCUCCAAGGACAGCGCUUGCAGCCAAGUCUGCAUUCAGCCUAUACUGUACCACAACAAAGAAACAUGACACCAAUGCAUGUGGUGGCCUUGCAGCAACCAAAGCAGCUUGUGCACCAGCCACAACAGAAGCAACUUUUUCAAUUGCAGCAUUUAAAGUUACCAAAUCAAUUGUCAGUGCAACUGCACCCUGUGCGGCAGCAGUCACCUUAUGAGCAAGUUCAUCACCAACCCCCUGCUGAAAAUUCACAGGGCAAACCUGAUUCCAAGGAGCCUGUCCAACAGUGUCAACCAGCACAAAUGGCAGCUGCCCGUCAGGAUUCUGUCGAGCAGUCACAUCUGUUUAGUCAGAAGCUGAAAAACAUACAAAUUGCAGAAAAAAACAUAUUGAAGCAGCACGUUUUAAAAAGCCAGGACGCUCCUGUGGAACCACCGUACUGUGCUCAACAAAGGGUGGUGAAUGAUCAGGACCAACAGUGUGAAAAGAGCCAGGUGCCACAAUUAAAUGCAGUCAGUGAAGUUUCUCUGCAUAAUCCUUUUGAUGUUGAAAAACAGCAGAACGUUAAUGAUCACAAUGAGAACUCCACCCCAGUCCAGCCAUCGGAUUUAUUAAAAAUACUUAAUGCUCCUGAGAAACAGUCGACCUCUUCAAGAUCCUCAACUAAAAGGAUGUGUUCAUCUGCUCCGAAGAAAGGAAAGAGAAAGUGUUCUGUUUCAGGCCAAAUAGAAUCCACACUAACUGUGAACAAGGAAGCUUUGCAUCCUGCCCCUUUAUUGAUUGAAUUGCAUGCACCACUGACUGUGUCCAGGUCCCAGGGUGACUCUCGGGGCCAUCAGCCAGAAAACGUACUGAUAAACUUGGAACCAAAGAAGACAAAGUACAAGUCUAAAGACAGUGACAAUGGAGAACCAAAGGAAUCCAUGGAAACUGAACAAAGCCCUUUCCAGGAGGACAGCUGCAAGGAACCAAUGAACCUUUCUGUUAAUGCUGAAAAUCCUAGAGCCAGUGGAUCUCAAGAUUUGACACUGGAUUCACAGAAUGAAGGAACCAUGGAUGACAUUGCAAACCAGAGGGCUCAAAAGGAUGGGGUGAAGUUACCUUAUGUGCGUUUGGAGCGAUUGGAGAUCUGUGCACCAUCCGCCGGCCAGCUCCCCAUCUUCAAAGUGCAGUCAGCUGUUGAUGAAGAUGAAAGUAAAUCCCUUGUCAUGAUGGACAGUCAGACUUCAAAUACUGCAACAAAGAACAUUACUCUGGACAGCACUCUCACCCCGCCGAACUCGAACCCUCCUCCUCCUCAACAAUGUGAGGCAGAAGAGGCAGCAGUUACCUCUGAGCUGCCACCCGAUGUUGCACCAUUCCCAUCUCCUUCAGAUGACAAAACCUCGGAAGCAAAUUCUCAUGCGACCCCAAAUGCAGCAAGCGCUACAGACGACAACGAGGAUUACUGCGCGGUCUGUUUAAAUGGCGGGGAGCUGUUGUGCUGCGACCGAUGCCCAAAGGUGUUCCACCUCAGCUGUCACGUGCCUUCUCUUCUCAGCUUCCCAAUGGGUGAGUGGUUGUGUACAUUGUGUCGGAAUGUGGUGAUGCCAGAAGUGGAAUAUGAUUGUGAAAAUACGCGGCAUAUCAACGAAAACAGGGGAAUAAGGACAUUACAGGGACUCUCCAUAAGUGACCAAAGGAAAUGUGAAAAGCUGACUUUACACUUGUACUGCUACCCCCUCAGCCUGCCCUUUCAUGAGCCUGUCAGCCCACUGGCCCGUCAUUACUACCAGAUAAUCAAAAGACCAAUGGAUCUUUCUACUGUGAGGGCAAAACUUCAGAAAAAGAGCCCACUCCAUUAUUACACACCUGAAGAAUUUAUUUCUGACAUUCAGCUUAUGUUUAUGAACUGUGCAAAAUUUAAUUAUCCAGAUUCAGAGGUGGCCCAAGCUGGUAGAAGUCUGGAAAUGUACUUUGAUGAAAAGCUCAAAGAAAUUUACCCUGACAAAAACUUUACAGGAGCAGCCCAAGAAUAUUCUGAUUAUGAAGAGAUUGAUAAUGACAGUGGUACUGCAAUUGUUAAUGGGUUUAGUUGGCCGACAGAAGAAAAGGAGCACGUGAAGCCAAAGAGAAGACGUAGGCAUGGUGCAAGCCACAGCCAUAAGGACCACAAAUAGUGUUGCUGGCUGAAUGUUUAAAUAUUGUGAAAUGCAAAUUGAUCCUCGACUCUCUUCCACUUUGUGUCUUUACCCCUUCUCCUCUCCUCCCCCUCCUCCGCCCCCUCACCUCUUUUUGUAACAAAUGUGUUUAUAAUAAUGUUUGGAGCUCAGGAAUGCGAAUACCAGCUUCCCUGAAGAGGAAUCAGUAAAUGGCAUUUACCAGUUUUCAUAGUUUUAUUGCAAAGUGAUUGCACUGAAUGAGGUUGGAUGUGGUGUGUUGUGGACCUUUCCUCAUGUGAAAGACUUUCAUAGCUUGUCUACACCAGUAUUGCUGUUGGAUGAGCAGUUUUUGUACAGAUUAUGGGGCAUUAUUCCAGUUAGUUUAAGAUUUAUUUUUAGAAUGCAGUGGACAAAAUAACCAACUCACAUUGUUUUUCUCAUCACUUAAGUUCAAGCCUUAAAGUUAAUGGAUAAAUUUCUGUGAGGUUUCACCUGAUUGUCCACAUUAACAAGAACCUGCUGAGAAUUAGCAUAAACUGUGAGCCUCUGACAGGAUUCCACCCUCAGAGAAUGUAGGUUGUGCUUUCUUAGUUAAAUUUUUUGACUUUAAAUAUUCAUGCUAGUGAUAGCUCUUGGAUUGUAUCCAAUUUGUUGAGAGAUAUCCACUUGGGCUUUUAAUUCUCAGUAUUGAUUGUUGCAAAUUAGUACAAGAAAAAUGUUGCCUUUUAUGAGGUGUGGUGGUCAUUGGAAUCAACGAUUCAAAGUACAUUCAUUAUCAAAGUAUGUAUGCAGUAUACAACCCUGAAAUUCAUCUUCCCCACGGACAGCCACGAAACGAAGAAAACCAUGGAACCUGUCAAAGAAAAGCACCAACCCUCUCCCACGCACAAAAAAAAACAAAUUGCGCAAAUGGCAACAGAAAAGAGUGAGAAACACAGAGUGCAAAACACAAAAUCAGAAGAUGGUACCAAUGAACAACUUUACCAAGGGCGACAUCCUUCAUAUGGUCCAUGAAACUACUUCAUUUUGUGUCUUCUGUUUCUUUCAAAUGUAGUUCUGGUACUAUUGGAGCCUGUGAUACACAGUUUGACGGUGUGUUUUCAGGGCAAUUAAACGAUCUGAGGAAGUUCUGGGAAGCUUUGAGCAAGGUGUGUGGCCUCGAGGCCAAGAAGCUUGGAGACGAGGAGUGAGCCCAUGACUGACUCCAUUUCUUACCGACUUAAAGCGUCAAGGAAUAUAGAAAACAUCAAGCUGGGUGUAGAAGGUGAGUAAGGGUACAAUGCCAUCCAUCAGUCUCUCAUUCACCCUCUGUUUGAAUGGUGUCUGUCUCUCCCUGGUACUGAAGUUCUGAGUCUGUGGUUUGUGGAUUGGACUGCAGUUCACAUUACAAUGCGUUUUUUUGGUUUCUGGUCCCUCCUUUCUCAUUUGCAGGCCACGCCAAUUCAAAAUCAACAAAGAAAGAAGCAGCCAGAAACCAGAAGAACAUCACAAUGUGAACUACAGAGUCCAAUCCCCAAACCACAUUGAUUAAAGCUUGCCCAAAACCCAGAACUGCAGCUCCAGACUGAGAGCAGCUUUUACUGUGUGCUGUACCAGAAGUUAUGGUCGACUUGACUUGUGAAAAGUGACUUGACUUGACUUGAAAGAGAGAGACCAUUGCAACGCAGGCUCCUUUCUUUCAGGAGCAACAGGUGAGAGAGAGAGAGAGACCAUUAUAACAAGCAGCUGUAAGCGAGAGGCCGGUAGGUGAUGCUGAACACCUCCAUGCCUUCUGCACUUGCUUGGAUUAUUUCACUUCCCUGGUGCUUCAAUCACUGAUAUUGGCGAGAAAUGAAGUUCAUCAUGGGCUCGCACCCUGUCUCCAGGCUUCUUGGCCUGGUGCUUCGCUCAAAGCCUUACAGAACACCCUCGGAGAUGGCUAAGUGAAGCUCGCUCAGUUGGCCCAUCAACACACCACAAUACAUGGAUCACAGGCUCCAGCAGUAGCCGAACCAUGUUUGAAAGAAAAAGAAGGCAUGAAAGAAGUAGAAUCAUGAGCCGUCUGGAGGAUGUUGCCCUUGGUUGUGACUUUUGCAGGCACCAUCUUCUUCUGGAUGUUCAUGGCUGGUUCAUCAGGGUGGAAUUUUUUUUAGUCAUUGUUAAGGAAAGCUUGUCAACUGUGUACAAUUCUUAAAAUAUAAUUUUAUUAAACUGCUUAGGUUUUGAUUGUAAAGCUUUGGAACUUUGAAUUAUUGUUGCUUCACAAGUGCUCAAACACCAUCAUCCACACAACUGCUACAGCAGAGACGUAGAAUACUAAUGACAGUGUGUCAUAAGGUCCUUACUUCGAACACUUUUGUGUUCAAAGUAAUGAAGGUGAUCAAAAUGUUCGAAAGAAAUCUGAUGGUAGACUUGUGGUUUUGGAGUGGCUGCAUAGCAUCAGUAAAUGUCAGAGAAAUGCCCAAUUAGUAAAUGGUGACCACUGAAGUGUUGAACUGGAGCGCCAAUGUUUUCUAGAAUGACGCAGCUUCACAUGCAAUUUGGCAUGUGACCUAGGAUGAGAUAAGGGGCUAAAAUGAGUCUCUCAAAUAAGAACUGUAUGGGCUUUUGAAUGAUUAAUAAAAGAAGAUGACUGUACAGUACAUGUCAAUACAGUAUCAUUAUUUCAAUGUGGGACUUUUUAAACUAGAGUAAUGUUAAUGUAAUGACAAAGAAAAACUUUUUAGAAAAAUACGAGCAAUCCAUAAAAUGCCAGAUGUAGAAAUGGCUUCACCGGCAUUGAUGUUAAUGUUAAUUGAUGUUUGUCUUUAAAUAAGAAUUAUAUAUUUAAUUGUUCUAUAUGAGAGUAGCCACAUAUAUUGUCAGCAAGUUGUAAUUAAAUUUAUUUUCUAAAAGUACCGUGUUCUAACUAUUCCUAUUACUGCUGUAAUAAAGGGUGUUAACAUGG